CGCCGUGCGAGAUUUGAAGUUUCCCGUGGCCUUUGCCCCGGAAGUGGAAGGGAAACAGCAACAACAACAGCUGCUGCUGCAGGCGGGGCGCGCAGGACAGAAGCGCGAGCAGGACGUACGUGAAAUAUUCGCAAUUAUAGAAACUGCGCUCGUCUCCACGGAAACCCGUGCGCGCAACGCGGUGUUGCGAGUUUACCGCACAAGGUUGUGUUGUGUUGUGUUUUUAUUACCGGAUGUAGCGAGCUCGUUCGUGUUUUUCUUCAAAAUGUCAUCGAGUCUAUUUCCAGGUUCACUAGAAAAGUGAAGAUGGCUGAAACAUGAUGUUUGAAGGCUCUAAAGCUUGCAAUGGAUAAGAAGGGUAGCAAUGCCAGCAAGAAGACUGAAGCACCUGACCAGAGGCAGAGCAGUGCAGGGGAUGGGGUGCGCGAUGGCUCCCCUCAUUACACACCGGACUUUAUAAGUUCCUUUGUGAAGCCUCACCAUGCAGGAGAGGGCCUGGGGAAUGCACAGACUCUGCCUCCUGCUGCACAACAGGACAGGUGGGCCACGAGCAGCACACAGACCGUGAACCCCAUCGAAAUUGAAAGCUGUGGCCGAGGGGCCAAGUCCUGGGGGGAGAAUGGGGGGGAAUCUCCCGGGGAACCUUCUUCGGAUGACCUGUUGGACAUGGAGCUCAGGAAGAUUGAGGGAGGCAGUGAGUCCUGUUUGCAAGCGCCAUUCUUUCUGCCUAAUGACAUUUCUGUUUGUGGUGCUGCAGAGGCCAGGGAAUCCCCAAGCUGCUACCCAGACCAUUCAAGUUCUGCUGGAGACUGCAAACCAGGGCCUACGGAAAACAACAAAGCAACCAGCACCUUGGAGUCCCAAAACCACCAGCAUCCCCUGAGUCCUUCUGGUAAUGAAUCUGUUAAUGGAGGUAGGACAAUAAAUCUGGGCCCUCCUGAUUGUGAGAAGGAGCAUAAAAAGAAAUCCAGCUUUUCAGAGUCCGUUGCUUUCGGCUGCAAAUGUAAUGACUGGGACUGUGAAGAGCCCAGGCAUUCAGGCCUGCCAGUCUGGGAAGGAGAAAAGAGGGAGGAGCCUGAGGGAGAACUAGGAGAAGAACAGCAGGGUGACGAGGAGGAAGAGGAUGACGAAGAGCAGGAAUCGCGGAUGAACGGCGGAAGAGGAGGAGGAAUGGAGGAGCGGGUUUCCAGCUGCAGGAAAGGAGGCGGGAAGCGCCACAGGAACAGAGCUGGCAGCCAGAGAGAUUCUGAAGCCGGGCUAAAACAUUUUUGGGAGCAGCCCUCCACCAAGACUGCCUCAGGGGGAAGACACAAGCAGACCCGGCGCCGAAACAACCACCAACAUCAGCAGAGAUCCAAAUCCUCGGCUCCAAAGCCCUUCCUGGUGUGCAGGGAGCUCCUGGAGGAGUCAGUGAAGCCCUGGUGUCUGUCCUGCUUCUGGAUGGUGGUGGACCUGAUUGUGUUUGGGACACACCGCUGUGGGGAGUAUGUAGAAGCGGGUGGGGCGCUGGCUUACUCCUGCUGUGCAGAGCUGUUGGCCCAGAGCACUGACCUGGACUCUGUCAAGGACAAGGCCAGGAGCUCAUUCCAGUGGUGUCAGUGGAGAGGGAGCCAGGCAGCAGAAAGGCUGCAGCAGGCUGGCCACUGGCUGGCUGGCUGGGCGUGCCGUCUCCUCAAGAUGCUCCUGGCUCUGCUCUGUCUCGUCUUCAUGCUCUGUGUGGGCUGCCUCCGGCUCUCCUGGCGCUACGCUAGCUCUGGCUUUACCAGACUUUCUGAGAAAUGGUGGGGGCCAUCCUUUCAGCAGCACUGCACCUUCUACUGCUCCGCCACCAGGGCUGGUCUUCAGCGUUGUUGGGACGCCCUGAGAGAAACAAGGACUUGUGGUCUCCUGGUGGGGGCCUGGCAGAGACUGUGGCUGUGGGGUAAAUUCAGGACUGCUGGCUUGUGGGGCUCCAGUGCCCGGACUGCGCCUGAAUUGCCUGGCAGCGGCAGUGCCGCAGGGAAGUACCAGCCUGCCCGGGAGCUGGAGAGGCUGCUGGCGAUGGCAGGGCUGCCUGAAGAGGAGCUGGAUCCCUUCAAGGUGCUGGGAGUGGAGAUAACCGCUUCGGACAUGGAGCUCAAGAAGGCUUAUCGACAGCUUGCAGUGCUGGUCCACCCUGACAAGAACAAGCACCCCCGAGCAGAGGAGGCUUUCAAGGUGCUGAGAGCUGCCUGGGACAUUGUGAGCAACCCGGAGACCAGGAGGCAGUAUGAGAUUAAGCGCAUGGCGGAGAGCGAGCUGACCAAGUCCAUGAAUGAGUUCCUUACCAAACUGCAGGACGACCUGAGAGAGGCCAUGAACACCAUGAUGUGCAGCAAGUGUGAGGGCAAGCACAGGAGGUUUGAACUGGAGCGGGAGGCCAGUGAUGCUCGCUACUGCGGGGAGUGUAACAGGAGGCACGGAGCUGAGGAAGGGGACUUCUGGGCAGAGUCGAGCAUGCUGGGACUGCGCAUCACCUACUUCGCACUAAUGGAUGGGAAAGUCUUUGAUAUCACAGAGUGGGCAGGCUGCCAGCGUAUCGGGAUCUCUCCAGACACUCACCGUGUUCCCUAUCACAUCUCCUUCGGAGCGAAGGACAGCGCCAGCUCGGGCAGACAGAGGACCCCUUCAGAAAGCAGCCCGAAUUCAGCUGCCGAUCUGCAAGACUUUUUUAACCGGGUUUUCCAGGGCUCUCCCAACCACAUGCCAAACGGGGGCUUUUUCAGUCCUCCACCUGCAGGUGGAGCUGCAUAUCCCAGCGGCACUGCAACCCCCACCGCCGCCAGCUUCUCCUCUAGCACUGCUCCCCCAGGGCAGCCCCGGACUGACAGCACCAGACCGAGACGGAAGAAGAAAUUUAGACGGCCUUUCUAGAAUUGAGCAACGACACAAACGCAAGCGCAGCGAGAGAGAGGUAAACAGCUUGAGAACCCCUAACACAGGAGCAGACUGCACUGGCUUUACAACAUGGGAAGCCCUAACACAGGAGCAGACUGCACUGGCUUUACAACAUGGGACAUGUAGCCCCAUACCCCAUACCAAGUGUGGAAACCACCCCCCACCCCCCCACCCCACCCCCUUUUCUUUUUAUAGAAAAUCAAGAUUGUCCAGAGGAACUGAAACACAGACAGCCUGCACUUGUCAAGUUUGUGAGAAUCUUUGUAAAGAGGCUGGGUUAAGGAUGCUUCUGAAAAGAGUGCUCCCCACCCAGAUACCUGAUUGGAGCACCUGAGAAAUGCACUGACCUGCCAUGUCAAAGAACACUGGGGCCGGAACCAUGUGUCAUUGAUUUCAAUAGAGUGUGUUGUACCGAGGGGAUUAGAAACGUGGACACUGCAAUGUUAAAGGUCUAGAAUUUUGCCUAAAAGUUUCAAAUAUAUAUAGACCAAAUAUAGCCUUAAUGUUUCCAUACUUAUUCAGAUGCAAUCUAAUGUUGUGACAGAGGGGUUUUUGUGGGCUUUUCAGAUCGGUACAAACAUUACCAAUAUGUUCAAGUUUAAAUGCAUUCCUGCUAUUGUAGAAAUCCUGAACGAAAUCAAUUCAAAGAGAAACAUUUCGACUAGAAGUCUAUCUCAAUGCCUUCAAUGAAAACAUGUACCUUUUAGAAAGUGAACCGGAAACCAGAUCAAUCUAGAGCUCCAGUACAUGCAGAAAUAAACGCAGGCUUUUUAUUCUUGGGUUUAUUUCCUAAAGCAGUUUAUCAGCAUUAUAUAUCUACUUCGUUUUAGAGAUGAGGAAUGAAAGCAAACCUCAGCAUGGCAGGGUAGGAUCCCAGGGUGUUCAACACAGAGAUUGUGUCUCUAAUACUGUCAGGAAGUAUGGGAGUAAUACUUUUACAGGCAUGCUAGUGGGAGGUGAUGUAUGGGUUGUUCCAGCUCAAGGAAUGUGCGAAGUUACCAAAAAUCCCCAUUUGGAUCUGGGGUAUGAUCUAGAUUAGGGCUUUCCACUCUGCCUCAUUGACACAGUGGCUCUUUGGAACUGCCCAUUGAAGGUGCUGAAUGGGUUUAAAAAGACUACAAGGACUGUUCUAGGAAGAAGCAAGUAGUCACGUGCAGCGUAUUGAUGUUGUAUUGAAACAUGCUUUCAUGUGAAUAUAUUCAUUGUGUUUAUUGUAUGGCUGUAGAGGGACUCCCUGGUAAGAGGUAAGUGUUUGCAUACCUCUAAUCUAUUGGCCUCAUUUUAUCAGUGAAUUGAGGCAAGAGGUCGAACAGUGAGCUGAAUUCACCCAGAUGACCCUAGAUUGUUCCCAGAUUAUUUGGAUUAGGCAUUUGGCUAUCUCUUGUAACACUCAUAAAUACACUACUGUACUAAUGAAAACAGCAGUCUUUCCUGAGGUUACACUACCACCUGGUGGUCUGUACUUGCACAAUACAGGUGAUUCCUAAUUCAAAAUUGUUGUUUUGAAUUGUUUUCAGUUCUACUAAAAUGUUGACGUUACUGAGCAGCCCUCUGGUGGGCACACAGUGCGUCACAGCGUCUCUGUCAUGUUUCCUUUGCAUAUCAUCUUGCACAUAAUCUGCAGAUUUCGCUUUAACUAUUGAGUUCUGAAUUGCCCUGUAUUUAAACAGAAAUGAUACCAUCAUUGCAUUGCAGCCUCUUAACCCUUAAAGAGUCUUGUAUGAAUAUCCCUCCCUUCUGAGUAGCAUUCCACUGUAUUUCAGCUAACUCUGAGAUGGCUUUGUUGGUACCAGACAAUAAGGGUUAAGUUAAAAGCAAAAAAAAAAACACGUUUGACAAUCAUGAAAGGGGUUAUUAGAAGCCAUGCUUUAUUAUAAUUUUUUAAAUAUUCACACCACACCCUAAAAACAAAUACCUUUGAUGCAGGGAUUUUAACUACAAAUUCUGACCAAAAUCACAAGUGUCUCUUGCUCUAUUAUUUCAGUAUGUGAAAUCUGAAUUCUCCUCCCACGUCUGAAUCAAAAUCACCUGCCCUAAUUGUUAAGAAAUAGUCAGACUAUUUAUUAGCACUUCAAAGGGCCUGAGUCACAAUAACCUGACAUCAAGAAGUGUUGAUACAACCAGUAUUCCUACUUUGCUGUAGAGCUGCAAUAUAAUACUAUACAAUACUGUUCAUCAAUAAACACGUCUUUUCAAUGUA